ACAGCAAUGAUAGGCGCUUCAUCCCUAUCCAAAGUUGUCCCAUUGUCCACUGUUAUGAAGGUCGUCACCUUCAAAUUUCCCACCUCAUUGAAACUGAUGAUGACCCAGUCCCAAAAGGUUGCAGCAAUUAUGCUUGGGAAAUCAAAGGUUGCAGCUCCGGCGGGCAUGGGGCUAAAAUCCUCUUUCUUUAAGACAGCUGCUUCUACGGGGAAAAUUAAGGCAGUGGCCCAUGGCUUCAUAACCUCAGCUCAAAAAACUAGUUUCUCAGCUAUGAGAAGUGCUUUCUAUGAGAUUAUGAGGAAACGACAUGUACGCCCGAUUGGGUUUUUACCGUGGGCCACGUUUGGGUGCAGUGUGGCCACCUGCUCAGGAUUAAUUGUUUAUGGGGAUGGGAUUGAGUGCGCUGCCGAGUCACUUCCCUCUGCUCCUUCAAUUGCAAGUUUGGGUCGUGGGAUUCGGAGUUUGCACGAGGCCUCUAAGGCUGUGGGGCACUUUAGAGUCCCUUCUUCACAGUUAAGAACAUAAAAAGUCAGAUACCUUUCUUUUGUGAGGCACUUUUAUAUUGGCCAUGUUUGCCAUUGCUUUUCGCCCCAGUCUUUUGGCGCCUC